ACAAUGCCACGCCAAUUCCUCCUCCACCCCCAGCAGAGGCCCAACAAACAUACCAGAUCCAGCCGCAUAAUAUUCCACUAGUUCAACCAACGAACAAUGUCAUGCCAAUUUCUCCACCCCCAGCAGAGGUCCAACAACCUACCCCAGUACCUACUACAGUGCAGUCCCAGGAUCCUAUGGCUAAUCUGUACACGCAAAUGACCAAUCUCAACAUGAACCCUGUGGACCAUAACGUGGCACACCAACCUUCUGUGAGAGCUUUGCAUGAUGAUGCACCCCGGCCUCCACCCCUUAUUCGUGCAACGGGGCAACCGCUGGAAGUCGUCACGUAUUGUCCAGAAACGAGGGCAGUGGAUUAUUCGCUUUAUUGGUAUCGCUUGCCCGACCUACCAGACUUAUUGAUCUGCACCAGAUGUCACGCUGAUCACAUUCAAUCUACACAGCUGGCAAGCAAGUUUGAGAAGAUCAAACGGCCUGACAACUUCAACUCCAUGUGCUGUUUCUGGUUCCCUAGGGUAAAGGAGGUUAUUUGGCCUCAGGCUGUUCGAACCGGCAACAUGGAUGCACUGCAUGAAUUCCUGAAAAAGCGUCUCAACGUAAAGACAUGCAAAGGACGCAACUCCACCACAGCCUCUAAUGGAAUUAAAUGGUUUGGCAUGACUGGUAAUGAGAUCAACGGAUUCAUCUCGUGUGAGGCUUGCUACGAGGACCGGAUAGCAGGAACACCAUUUGAGACCAGAUUCUCGCCAUAUCGUGAGCAGCCAACCAAUGAGCAAUGGUCUUGUGACAUCGCCACGCCGUUCAUCUCUCGAGUUGUUGUCAAGAAGGCCAAAGAGGAUGACUGGGCCGGCUUUGUUAGUUUAGCGACCCAUCGUCUCUCCUUGCCAAAAUGCGAGGGAAGGGAUAUACAGUCAAACGACUGCACCUGGUACAUGCCACGCAUCAAAAUUGAGAAUAUGCGAGCUUGUGAAGCUUGUUAUCUAGACCGAGUUGGCUUCACACGGUUUGAGAAGGAGUUUGAGAAGUAUGUCAUGCCCCCAGGCUUCGACUCAUACUUCGAACACAUGACCCAAUUCUGGUCUUGCAAAUUAAACGAAACCAACCUUCCCCUGGUAUGGGCCUUGGAGAAUGCCAUUGAGCAGCGCAACUGGUCUGUAUUCAGCAGUUCGGCGGAAGUGGCGUGCCGCCUCCCACCUUGCACAAAAAACGGAAUUAUCCGCGGCAACUGGUGGACAGUCCAGGGAGGAUGCGACAACUUUGAUGUGUGUGAGACCUGCUAUGUGUCCGUUCUCAGAACCAGUGGAGUUGCUCAAUUCUUCGAACCCGUUCAGCGCAAUCCCGAGGCAACUCUUGUUUGCGACUUUUGUGUUUCCAGUCCCCGAUUCCGGCAAUAUCUCAGAAAAUAUGCUCAAUCUGUAGACCUAGGAGUUUUCAGUUACUACCUAGACUAUGUUCGGACAUUUGCCUCGGUUCCUGUUUGUCCUGGCCUAGAUGUCGUGGAGAAGGGACAUUGGUGGGGCUAUCCAAAUGCUUUAUUCUGCCAAGAUUGCUAUCUGAGCUUCGUCACCGACACAAAGCUGGGCGAUUCCGUGGUUUUAAAGAAAGCAUAUGAUGAGCGUGCCCAGAUUUGCCAGAUCUGGUCUUCUCGUAUGCGUACAAUGUGGUUGAAAGUAUGUGAUGCUGGCCCACCUGGAUCACCCGAGUCGGAAGAGAAAUUGGCGGAAUUCAUAGAAUUCGGGGGCAAGCGGUUGAAGAUAUACACUCAAACUGUGCCUCAGAUGAAGUUUAUCCGCGAAAUGAAGCUUAUGAAAAUGCAGAACGCAAUGCACCAGGGUCUUCUGAGUGUCAUGUACAACGGUAUGGAUGGAUUGGCCUCGAUAUCUGGUACCACGGAUGGACACCUUCAUGGAAACAGUCAGUUGGGCUGGUAUGAAACUGAACAGGGAGCGCAGGGAGCGCAAAUGUUCAAUAACAUGCAAGCUGGUUUUGCAAGUGCCAAUCGGGCGGACGAAUGGAUGCAAAUAUUCCAGCUCGAGAGGAUAUGGAAGGAAGUUGAGUAAGCCAAAGGCUCGACCGACACAUGGAGGGUGGGAGGUUCAAGGUUGAAGCGAUAAAACACACAUUGACAGAAUGAUCACAUAGUACCGUAGCAUCAACAUAUAUUUGAGAGCCC